GGGCUGGGCUGCGCUGCGCCGGGGCGGGCGCAGGGCGCGCGGGGGAGACGCACGGUGGGCUCGGUUCUCCCAGGAGCGGCCCGGGGCUGCACCGGGACCGGCGCCUGCCCGCUCCGCGCUGCCCUCGGCCUCGCCCCGGGCCCGGGCGGAUGAACCGCGCGCCCGGGGGACAUGGAAGCGCUGACGCUGUGGCUUCUCCCCUGGAUCUGCCAGUGCGUUACGGUGCGGGCCGACUCCAUCAUCCACAUCGGUGCCAUCUUUGAGGAGAACGCAGCCAAGGACGACAGGGUGUUCCAGCUGGCCGUGUCCGACCUGAGUCUCAACGAUGACAUCCUGCAGAGUGAGAAGAUCACCUAUUCCAUCAAGGUCAUCGAGGCCAACAAUCCGUUCCAGGCCGUGCAGGAAGCCUGUGACCUCAUGACGCAGGGCAUCCUGGCCUUGGUCACAUCCACAGGCUGCGCAUCUGCCAACGCCCUGCAGUCCCUCACGGACGCCAUGCACAUCCCACACCUCUUUGUGCAGCGCAACCCCGGGGGCUCCCCGCGCACCGCCUGCCACCUGAACCCCAGCCCCGACGGUGAGGCCUACACACUGGCCUCAAGACCGCCCGUGCGCCUCAAUGACGUCAUGCUCAGGCUGGUGACAGAGCUGCGCUGGCAGAAGUUUGUCAUGUUCUACGACAGCGAGUACGACAUCCGUGGACUCCAGAGCUUUCUGGACCAGGCUUCGCGGCUGGGCCUCGAUGUCUCUUUACAAAAGGUGGACAAGAAUAUCAGCCACGUGUUCACCAGCCUGUUCACCACCAUGAAGACGGAGGAGCUGAACCGCUACCGGGACACGCUGCGGCGCGCCAUCCUGCUGCUCAGCCCGCAACGGGCUCACUCCUUCAUCAGUGAGGCCGUGGAGACCAACCUGGCUUCCAAGGACAGCCACUGGGUCUUUGUGAACGAGGAGAUCAGUGACCCUGAGAUCCUGGAUCUGGUCCACAGUGCCCUGGGCAGGAUGACCGUGGUCCGGCAGAUAUUCCCUUCCGCGAAGGACAAUCAGAAGUGCAUGAGGAACAAUCACCGCAUCUCCUCCCUGCUCUGCGACCCCCAGGAAGGCUACCUUCAGAUGCUGCAGAUCUCCAACCUCUACCUGUACGACAGUGUUCUGAUGCUGGCCAACGCCUUCCACAGGAAGCUGGAGGACCGGAAGUGGCACAGUAUGGCGAGUCUUAACUGCAUACGGAAGUCCACCAAGCCAUGGAACGGAGGGAGGUCCAUGCUGGACACGAUCAAAAAGGGCCAUAUCACCGGCCUCACGGGGGUGAUGGAGUUUCGGGAGGACAGCUCGAAUCCCUACGUCCAGUUCGAAAUCCUCGGCACGACCUACAGCGAGACCUUUGGUAAAGACAUGCGCAAGGUGCCUGGGUCUUCUGUGUUGCCAAGGCAACGCUCCUCAAAACCCCGAAGCCAAUCUGGAAUCAGUCUGAGGAGCUUCAGAGCAGGAGGCCAGAAUCUGGCAACGUGGGACUCGGAGAAGGGUCUGAACGGCAGCUUGCAGGAGAGGCCCAUGGGCAGCCGCCUUCAAGGACUGACUCUCAAAGUGGUGACUGUCUUGGAAGAGCCUUUUGUGAUGGUGGCUGAGAACAUCCUUGGGCAGCCCAAGCGCUACAAAGGCUUCUCCAUAGAUGUCCUGGAUGCACUGGCCAAGGCUCUGGGCUUCAAAUACGAGAUUUACCAGGCCCCCGAUGGCAGGUACGGGCACCAGCUCCAUAACACCUCCUGGAACGGGAUGAUCGGGGAGCUCAUCAGCAAGAGAGCAGACGUGGCCAUCUCGGCCAUCACCAUCACCCCCGAGAGGGAGAGCGUCGUGGACUUCAGCAAGCGCUACAUGGACUACUCGGUGGGGAUUCUCAUCAGAAAGCCGGAGGAGAAGAUCAGCAUCUUCUCCCUCUUCGCCCCCUUUGACUUCGCGGUCUGGGCCUGCAUCGCGGCUGCCAUCCCCGUGGUGGGCGUGCUCAUAUUCGUGUUGAACCGAAUACAGGCUAUGAGGGCUCAGAGCGCCGCCCAGCCUCGGCCGUCCGCCUCUGCCACCCUGCACAGUGCCAUCUGGAUCGUGUACGGAGCCUUCGUCCAGCAAGGUGGCGACAGCUCUGUGAACUCCAUGGCCCUGCGCAUCGUGAUGGGCAGCUGGUGGCUCUUCACCCUCAUCGUGUGCUCCUCCUACACCGCCAAUCUUGCUGCCUUCCUCACAGUGUCCCGGAUGGACAACCCCAUCAGGACAUUCCAGGACCUGUCCAAACAAGUGGAGGUGCCUUACGGCACCGUCCGGGAUUCUGCCGUCUAUGAGUACUUCCGCGCCAAGGGCACCAACCCCCUGGAGCAGGACAGCACGUUUGCCGAGCUCUGGAGGACCAUCAGCAAGAACGGGGGAGCUGACAACUGCGUGUCCAGUCCUUCGGAAGGCAUCCGGAAGGCAAAGAAGGGGAACUACGCCUUUCUGUGGGAUGUGGCCGUGGUGGAGUACGCAGCUCUGACGGACGACGACUGCUCUGUAACUGUCAUUGGCAACAGCAUCAGCAGCAAGGGCUAUGGGAUUGCCCUGCAGCACGGCAGCCCCUACAGGGACCUCUUCUCUCAGAGGAUCCUGGAGCUGCAGGACACCGGGGACCUGGAUGUGCUCAAGCAGAAGUGGUGGCCGCACACGGGCCGCUGUGACCUCGCCAGCCACUCCAGCGCCCAGACCGACGGCAAGGCCCUCAAGCUGCACAGCUUUGCCGGGGUCUUCUGCAUCCUGGCCAUCGGCCUCCUCCUGGCCUGCCUGGUGGCCGCCCUGGAGUUAUGGUGGAGCAGCAACCGGUGCCACCAGGAGACCCCCAAAGAGGACAAAGAGGUGAACCUGGAGCAAGUACACCGGCGCAUCAACAGCCUCAUGGACGAAGACAUCGCGCACAAGCAGAUCUCGCCCGCGUCCAUCGAGCUCUCGGCCCUGGAGAUGGGGGGCCUGGCGCCCAGCCCGGCCCUGGAGCCCACGCGCGAGUACCAGAACACCCAGCUGUCCGUCAGCACCUUCCUGCCGGAGCAGAGCGGCCACGGCGCCGGCCGGACACUCUCGGCAGGGCCCAGCAGCAGCCUGCCCCUGCCGCUGAGCAGCGCGGCCACCAUGCCCCCCAUCCAGUGCAAACACCGGUCGCCCAACGGGGGGCUGUUCCGGCAGAGCCCGGUGAAGACCCCCAUCCCCAUGUCCUUCCAGCCCGUGCCUGGGGGGGUCCUCCCGGAGGCCCUGGACACCUCCCACGGCACCUCCAUCUGACCGCACCGCCUGCCACCGCCCGCCCGCCCGCCCACCCGACCAGCAGAGCUUUUUAAUACGAGAAACGACAAGACCACACACGCACACAUGCACACACACGCACACAGACUCACACACACACAGAGACUCUUUCAUGUUUCUUGUACAUACGUGUAAAUAAUGACAGAAUGGAGUGGGGUAAAAGUGUAUUUUGAAUAUUCCCAAUUUUCGAAGUCAGUAAAAAAACCAUAAAAACUGUAUGAACGACUUUGUAAAUUUUGUUCUAUAUGAAUAAAAAGGCAAAUUACUUGUGAUCA